UUCUGCAGGCAAAGCCCGCGUGGGUUUUCCUGAGAGGGGCCGGGGUCUUUGCUUUCUUUGCAGCGAUUUCACUGGCAACUCCAUUGCUACUAUUGGAAAAUACACCUGGAAGGAGUACCCAUGGACCGAGACCUUGUAAGCGCCUGCAGCAUUGCAAAUGGCAGGAGUUUGGGUAUUUUCCGUCCUUUACUCUUGGGUUGCAGCAGCAGCCUGGCCCCCACGGUUUCCAGAGGGAUUCAGAGCUCUGCUGCUGUGCAGGGAGGGGUGUGAAUCACCAGGGCUUCCCAGCAUGGCAGGAAAUGCCAUGAGCUGCAUCUCUUGCAGCCCAGGGCACUGUCCCUGUGUCUGUUUGCCCAGGGAUCAAGCUGUGGCAGCUUCAGCCGGCCAGGAGCAAAUGCCUGCUCUGGCCAGGAGUGGGGACGAUGCCUGCAGUGGCCCCAAGAGAUGCUUCAGUCAAGCUGCUGCAGGAGAUUUUCCCAUGACAGUGCCAUUUGCUGCUGGCCAGUGGCCGCUGUCACAAUGUCCCCGUUGUGUCCCCUUGCAGAGUGCUCAGGGACAAUGAGCUGCUGGCAGUGAAGAGCCAUUCCCUGGAGGGGCUGUUCCUGCUGAAGCACCUGGAUUUGUCCUGCAAUGAGAUCCUGACCAUUGAGGAACGGGCUUUUGAGCCACUGCCUUUCCUGAAGUUUCUGUGAGUGAUCAAGUUGCUUUCUGGUGUUUUCAGUGCAGUCUUUGCAAUGGGCGCCUUUCCUGUGUUGGAAAAUGCUCCUGUUCUUGUCCCUAAACCUGCCCUGCUCAGAGCCCAGCUUAGCUGCAGAGGUCAAUGGUGAUGGCUGCCCAGCCACACCAAGGGGACAGAUCCCAGCAGGGUUAUCCACACAGAGAGGAGCCAUCAGAGCAGCCAGUUCUUGCAGCCUUGGCUGCACCCUGGCACAGAAAUAGCGUCAGCACUUGUGCCCUUCACUUCCCCUCCUGCUCAGGCUACAAACACUGAGAAAGCAGCAGUUUCCUCCCUCUUCCAUCCUGGAUUUGCACCUUUCCUCCCAAGAGAUGCUGCUUGCUCCCUCUUCCCGUAGGACAGGCCCCAUUCCUUUGUGUGACCUCCUCUUUCCCCAGAAACCUCUCUGGGAAUGGCCUCACGCAGAUCCGCAGCGGCACUUUCCAGGCCUGGCACGGGAUGCAGUUUCUCCAGGAGGUGUAAGUGGCCCCAGGGCUAAAGAAAGGCAUGGCAGGGCGAGUCUCUGCAGGCUCUCUGCAGGGUCAGUAGGCAAGAGCAGCUGUGCCCUCUGGAAAGCCCUGACUGUGCCUGUGGAUGUCAGCCAGGGAGCAGCAGGAGCGUGCAGCUGGAAGGGCCCUUUCCCCUGCCCUGCUCAUCUCCUGCACGGCUUCCUUGACACCGGCCAGGCCAUCGCCACGUGCCCGGCACACCCAGCUCCCGUCCCUGCCAUCAGCCCUGACAGAGCUCUCUUGUUCCUCAGGAUCCUCAGCCACAACCCGCUGGCUGUCAUUGCUGACGCUGCCUUCUUCAAGCUGCCCUCGGUGAUGUCUCUAGACCUGAGUGCCACCCAAGUGACUCCGCAGACGCUGCUGCUGCUCCUGCAGACCACGUUGAGCUUGGAAACCCUCCAAGUGCCCAGGGAAGUGGCCUGCUGCCUGUGCAAGGAGAGUCCCUUCACCGAGAGCCCGUGCAGGAGCAUCCUGUUCCCCUGCAAGAAGCUGUGCAGCACCAGCGCCCCGCAGUGCGCUCAAAGAAGUCUGGUACAGACACGGGGAGAAACACUGGACAUGGAACAGCCCAGAACGCUGAGCACCAGCCCAAUGUUGAGCCUCAAGCCCAAGGAGCCUUCACUGGGAGAUGACAGAACUGCAACACUUGUGAUUGCCUUGACCCCAAGUGCUGAGGAUGAUGUCAGCAGCCUGGACAAUUCCAGAAGCAAUUCCUAUCCCCCUCAGCAUCUCUUGGAGAACACAGGCAUACCAAGUGUUGAUGACGUGAGGACCCAGCUCAAGAAGAAGCUGCACAUGAAGAAACUGCACACGUCCAAAAGCAUCCAGACUGCAAAAAGCCUUCUCCCAUACCAGCGCCAGCCUCCCCGGCUGAAGGACGUGUUGGAAAAGACACCCUCAAGCUGGGAUCAACAGGAGAUGCAGUCACAUUUAAACCGACACCGAUUAAACCCCUCGGAUGUAGGCGGUGGAUUACACCGUGCUUACGGUGCCUCUGUCACUGGACAACGCAGAGAUGAGGAGGAAGAUCCAGCUCCCAGGAGGAACUACAUCAGGAGACACAAACGGCACAAGAGGGACGACAGGCGGAAUUGGGUUGGACAUAAGCAGCUUUUGUACCAGGUUUGGAGGUCGGGAGUCAAAGUGGAGCCAAAGCCCAGAGCUGACCAGGGUCUAAAGAGGAACCUGGAUUUUCUCUCUGACCCGUCGGUUCAGAGCCGCCCUGCUGCCAGCAGCUGGGGAGAGGCCUUGGCUGAAGAGGAGCAAUCCUCUCUAGGCAGGCACCCCCUGAUCUCCCCUGACACCACAGAGGAGAAAGGCUCCGUGCCCCUCAAUAAACCUUGGAGCCCCCGCAGUCCAGACGUUGCGCUGGUUCCAGGAGAACUCUUGGAAACCGCGCUUGAUCUUCACCAGCAGCUUCUGGAGGCGGACAAAGGGCUGCAAACGUUCAUGGCCCACGUGGAGCGAACCCUGAAGAUGGACUGCAGCCUGCCCCAGCUGAAGCAGGCCUGUGCCAAGAUGGUCUCAAAGACCAGGCUGCUAGUAAAUGUGCUCCGUGAGAGGCAAGAGAACCAGGAAGCCUCUGAUGCCAUGGACCAGUGUCCUCAGCAGGAGAACAUGAUCAUCCACAUGGCUUUGGGGAAAGGCAAGAAACUGCCAAGGAAGAAUCUGGAGGUUGUGGUGUACGUCAUCAUCUCUGUGGCUUUGCUGUUUUUCUUCAUCUUCGUUUAUCUGAUAGUGAAGUGUGUCUUCCAGAAGCGCUCCCGACCUCGUGAACCUGACUGCCAACGCUGCCACAGCAGGACCCUCUGCCUGAGAAGGUUCUGUGUAAAUCUGCCACAGCGAGAGAGGAAGGAUAACCAGGAGGCACAGGAUGUGGAGCAGAACUGGGCAGGGAGCUCCUCCGAGAGUUGCCCCUGUACUGACAGUGUCCAUGGUGCUUCCCAGUUGAAGAAGUCUGAAUUGUCGUGGAUUCAACGCAUCAGGCGUGUCUAUGAAUCCGAGAGAUAAGCAUCCCAGGAAGAGACAUGCAGAGAAGAACUCACGAGGAAGACUCUCAAGAAGAAGUUAAUGGGAUGCCAAGAAUUCUUCACCUCCCCAUUUAGUAUAGGAACUGCUUAGGCUCUGCUUGCAUGCUGUUUCAUUGGCUGUUGUUAUUCCCUUGGAUGCUUUUUGCUUGGCUGUAGUUUUCUUUCUGUCCCUGCUGAGGGAAGGCCAAAGGUUGCUGCAGGCAACCACGAGCUCGGGACACCCACAGAAGGCAUCAGUACCUCAGGGAUUUCCUCACCCCUUGUGCCAAUGUUUCUCCCUGCAUUUAAUAAAAGUUAAGAUUGUUCUCGUUCCUCCUGGUGUUGCUGAUGUAUUUG